AUGGUCCGCACGCGCGCCGGCGCGACGACGCGCGCCCGACCGCCCGCGAAGCGCAAGGCGCCCGCCGCGCGGCGCCCGGCGAAGCGGGCCAAGACCCCGCCGACGCCGCCGCCGACGCGAUUGAGGACCGCGACGUGCGCGGCCUGCCUCGACGCCGCGGGGCCGCGGAGCGUCGUCUGCGGCGCGCGCGCGCACCGCCUCUGCGUGGCCUGCGCCGAACGCCACAUCAAUUCUCUGCCACUAAGGGGGCCGCACGGCCUGCCCGGCAGCCCCGACGCCGAGGCCUGGGCCACGCGGCAGUGGGCGCCCUUCUGCGCUUUUUGUGGAGACGGCAAGCACCGCCUCGAGCGCUUCUCCACCAAAGCCGCCGAGGCGCAACUCAAGAAGCACGCGCUCGCCCACGUUUCCGAGAGAGCCGCCAAGGCCAAGGCCGCGGAAGCCAAAAAGGCGACGACGCGGAGCCUCAACGCUUUAUUAAGGCUCGGCCAGCCCGUCUACCGGUGCCCGCGGCCGCGCUGCGGCGCGUAUUGUGUCCACACGGCCUGCGACGACCUAAGGGCGCACCAUUUGCAACUCCUGUCGACGGAGCGCCUCGUGGACUACGCGCCGACGUUCCGCGAGAAGGUGCUGGACGAGCGCGCCCUGAACCGCCUCGAGGAGCUCUAUGCUUUAUGCUGCUCGCCCCAGCUCAAGGCCGAGCUGCCGUACCUGAAACACCCCUCAAAUAUUGACGCAAACGGCAAACCGCUGCGGGGCCCGCCCGUGAACUCGAACGCGUGCGCGGCCUGCGGGUUUCUAGGAGACGAGAUCGGCGAGUGGCACCGCGUCUGCCCCGACUGCAAGCGCCACGGCCACCCGACGCAGCGCGAGGCGGGCGACGGCUGGCCGACGCCCGUCUGCGCGCACUGCGGCUGCCAGUUCCACUGA